AUGUAUACAGUUCUCGAGGGACCCCAUAGCCAAUUUUAUAUGCACAAUACGCCAUGGGCUACCAUAAUACUCAUUUUUAUUAUGCUAUGCUGCAUGGGGGUCUCCGCAGGUGUCAUAGUUGUGUCGAAUAACCAGGCAGUUGACUCAUGGCGAAUCAGCCCGGCAGUGUUGCUUGCAUUUUUCUCGUCGGUUUGGAGCAGUUCACUUGCUGCAGUCCUUACAAUGAGCAUUACUAUCACAUGGUGGCGUUAUGCCUCGCGAGGCACCACAUUGGAAACCCUCCACUGUAUAUGGAAAAGAGGUUUUGCGAUAAGGUAUCUUUCUGCCUUAAAGUCAAGUCCUAUAGUCAGACAGGUUGUUUUAGUGGCUUGGAUAGUCAUCAUCACACAGGUUGCACACAACUCUUUAUUGCAGCGAUCCUCACAAACGACGCUUAGCAACGCCAUCGUUCCAGACAACAUCACUCUGGACAUCAUGCCGCAGAUUCCAGAUGGAUGGCUGGGCUAUGUAUACAAUGCCACCCAAGGGAUUAUGGUGGGGUCACGGAAUUCACUGUCAUCGAUACAAGAUUGGUGGAUGAACAAAACCAUAUCAACAAUACCCCCUUUAAACUCUAAUCGACCUGUCUCUGACUUCUACUGUGACGGAUCCUGCAGGGGUAGAGUACGAGGAGCCGGAAUCUCCUACGAGUGCUCGUCGACGAGUAGGAAUAUUGACCUGCUUGACGCGGAGAAUACUGGAACCUUUAUCUUUUCGAUCAACUCCACUCUCUCGUCAAAUUUGACGUCUGCUGCGCCAUCACUAACCUUGUCAGUACUAUACUCGUCUGAGGUUGAUGCUAAUUGCAUAUCAACCUUAACUCUGCGUACCUGCAGCAUUGAAGCUGCUACUGUGGAAUAUCCCAUUGUAAUCGAAAAUAGCACCGUGGCACUAGAAAAAACGAAGCUCGAUCCCCCAAUUGUUGUUGAAAAAUAUUCCUCAGACGGAGAUAGCCUCACGGCUAAACUCGGGCAAGGCGCUGGACCACUUCAAGGCAUUCAUGCUUUUGUGGACGAUAUUCUCACCACCAACGUUUCUUUAAUCGUUGGUCCGAACGGUGCGCGACAGACAGGCCGGUUCGUUGGUGACAUUUUCUUCGAAGCAGAUGAAUCUGCAUAUCUGCCAGAGACAAUCCACUUGUGUGGUUUGAAAUGGUCUGACCCGACCUUGUACGUACUGGACGCCAUGCAAGACUUUCUUUUUCGGGCGUCUAUUAGCAGUGCGAGCAACAGCACCAAUACCAACUCGAGCCAAACAUUCAGAGUCGAGCGCACAGCACCAAUCCUUGUAUUCCAAUCAAACUAUGGAUUUCUUGUUGCCGCAUUGGCUACUAUGCUUCUUGCGCUUGGUGCGGUGAUAUCACAACUUUGGGGUUGGUGGGACCUCCGACAUUGUCUCGUAAGCUUGAGUCCAAUUGAGGUGGCAAAUGCAUUUAGUGCUCUUGAAACAAAACGCCCCGACGGCUAUGAUUUGUCCAAUAGCCAGAAUAUUAACAACAAAGGCGCUCUUACAGUUGAUAAUAUCCUUGAUGUGGUUGGGAAAACGACGGUCAGGUAUGAUGGACAAUCAUUUCGUGGAAGUGCUGUAGUGCCGCUGUCUGGGCGACCGAUGUCCUUGAGCGUAAACAGAUGA